GGCCGGGCCAUUGCGCAUGCGCGGGUAAGUUCCCGCCCACUGCCCGCCUACCCGUCGUGCACUGCGGCCACGGGAAGGUUGGGAGCCGCGUGCUGACUGGAGUUCGGCGGUCUCAGCCGCGCACUCCUUAGAGUGCGGAGUGUGCGGGAGGUGUGAGUGGCUGGCCAAGCCACGGAGCAGCUGUUCCAGCGUGAUUUUUCUGGAGCACACUCUUAAACCAAGCCCGUUGGGACCCGGACACUUUUGACUAAUAAGGAUUUAGCAACUAGAUGAGACAGCAGCUCUUAGGUUAAUUAUCAGUAUUUAACAUUCCUAGGUUGGUUGAAUCUUCAGCUUCAAUUCCUGAAGACAUGAAGAGCAAACUGUUUGCAUUUGGCAAGGUUAAAGAAAUAAUUUAAGAAAUACACCUGGAUCUUCACACAGAAGGAUUCCUUGUUUGGACCUGAGGUUACUUUCUUGAAUAAGAAAACUGAAGCUGACUUCAGAUGAUCGACACAGAGGAGCAGCCACCCAACUGAUAUGUUCUGAUGCAAAAUAGACUGUAGUCCUGUUGCCAAGUGCAGACUUAAAAGCCGAGUCAUACUGAAUUUUCAUAGCACUUUCAGUAGAGCUGAGUGUUGGUUGAUAAUUGAGGUGGUCUAGGAGAGGACACCCCUUGCUUAAAAAGAAGCAUUUCCUUGCUUGUUGCCUUUUGUUCAGUUCCAUGGAGCUAGCGGCAGCCUUAGCAGACCUCCAGGCAGAGGCUAGCUGUCCCAUCUGUCUAGGAUACUUGAAAAGCCCAGUGACAAUCUACUGCGGGCAUAACUUCUGCCUCGCCUGCAUCACUGAGUCCUGGAAAGACCUAAAAGGCAGUUUCCCCUGCCCUUCUUGCCAUUUUGUCUGUCCAAACAAGAAAUUCCAGAACAAUUUCCAGCUAGGUAAUUUGACUGAAAUCGCUAAGCUGCUGCCACUGAGAAGGAGUAAGAGAAAAAAGCAGGAAGGGAGCCUCAUGUGUGAGACGCACAAACAGGUCCUGACCGUUUUCUGCCAGAAGGACCUGGAGGUUCUUUGUCCACAGUGCAGCUUCUCUGCCGAUCACCAGCAGCACUAUAUCUGGCCCAUAGAGAAGGCUGCGGACUAUCAUAGGAAACAGCUAGCGCGCCACAUUGAGCUCUGGAAGGAGAAAGUGGAACAAAUUGACAAAGUGAUUGCUAUGCAGACUGGAAAAUCAGAGGAACUUAAGAAAAAAGUAGAACAUAGGAGAGAAGAAAUAAAGUCUGAAUUCGAACAGUUUAUGCUGUUUCUUCAAAAUGAGCAUGAGGCUGUUGUUAGGCAGUUACAAGAUGAAGAGAAUGAGCUAUUAGCAAAACUAAAUGAAAAUGUGGCAGACACUUCAGAUCAUGCCUCUGCAUCAAAAUGUCUGUUAAAGGAGAUAGAGAGCAAGUAUGUAAAGUCAGAAGUUGAAGUGCUGACAAGUGUGAAGAGUAUUUACCGCAGAUACAGAAGUUUAAAAUGCCCUGAAAUGUUCUCAUUCCAAUUCAGAGAUUAUGUUUACCAGCUCCCUCCACAGUAUUCUGGACUGAACAGAAUUAUCAAGCAAUUUCAUGUAGACGUAGUUCUAGAUCCUGAAACAGCACAUCGUAAGCUUAUUAUCUCAGAAGAUAGGAAGAGUGUGCGUUAUGGAAAUAUGCAAAAACUACCCCAUAGCCCCCAAAAAUUUUAUAUCUGGCCAGCUGUGCUGGGUGCCAGGAGUUACAGCUCGGGCAGGCAGUACUGGGAGGUGGAAGUAAAAGACAAACCCGAGUGGAUCCUGGGCAUCUGUACCGCAGCUCUGCCCCGGAGGAGGAAGAAUCAGAAUCAGCCCUUCUUAGUAAAAGCCGGACUUUGGGGCAUUGGGCGGUGUAGUCACACCAGUUACAUUGCAUUUGGUCCCAAGAAGGUCAAUCUUUUGCCCAAAGUGAUACCUAUUAAGAUUGGCAUUUUUUUAGAUUGCGAAAUGGGUGAGGUUUCCUUUUACAAUUUGAGUGAUAGAUCUCUUCUGCAUACUUUUAAUGAUUAUUUUGGAGGACCUGUCUGGCCUUAUUUCUACACUGGUACGGAGUCACGACCCCUUAGAAUCUGUACAGUGACAGAGUCUGAAUGAUGAGCUGUUGGAAAUCUGUUUUUCUUAGUGGACAUAGUGACCCAUUAUCAAAGCAAUUUCAAAUGAUGUCAAUGGGUUUUUUUUUUCAGUUUUAACUGUAAAUGUCUUUUGAGGAGGUUCUUUAAAUAUGUGAUGAUGAUGCCUACUUUUACAUAAGUCAAAGGGGCCCUACUAGAGGUUCUCAGAUAAAAUACUUGGAAAAUGUGUUUCUUAACUGAAUGUGUUACUCUAUUUGGAAAAUGUGUUUCUUAACUGAAUGUUACUCUAAUAGUUGCCAAUAAAACUACAUUCACCUUUCUGUA